AUGUAUCAGCGAUCAAGAAAGGUGCUGACAUGUCUCGUCGUCGUCUUUCUGGCCAUCAGAGUCGCCAACGCAGUGAUGCUCACAAUAGGGACGAUGCAGAUUUCAGGGGGUGACAGUUUCACGGUGCUAAUGAAAACUCAUGGCCCAUAUUCCCUGGGCGCUGAUAUGUAUGGUGGUUUCGCUCAGAUCUUUGGGCUUGUGCAGUUGUUUGUGCUGGGACCACGCCUGAUCCUCGGUGUUCGAGAAUAUCACGCUGAGCUCGUGGCCAAUUCUGAUACAGCAACCACUAUGACUUCGAUUGCUUUUGAGGAGCGCAUCCAUGCGUCAACUAGCAGUAGUGUGUAG